AUAUGCAGUGGUUUGAUCAAUUGCGCCGGAGUUGACGGCCCCUUACGUCACCACUUUAAUGCCUCGGCCCCGACUUCCCGCAUUCUCUUCCGCGGGCACGCAACCAACAGAAAUUCGAGCUCACCGCAGCAAGCAUUAUUCACAGCUCGACCAGGAACACAUAACCUACAUACAACAUCCCUACUCUUAUUAAACCCAGAGCUUCCUCAUCAACAUCGUGUUUUGUCUUUUUUGCGGACAUCUACGUAUAAAUAGGUACCUCUCUUGCCGAACAUGACCACCUACACCCCCCGUCUCGCCAGCUUGCCCUACGACGUCUUCGCCAACCCGGCCGCCUCGAUCCUGCUCCCCAUCGCGCUGGGCACCACCGUAGGGUUCGGCUCCCAACCCAAAGAUACGGAGCGCACCCACCUCCAGAUCCGGCAGCCGCCGCUGCGGCCGCCGGCGCGCGUUUUCGGCCCCGCGUGGACGGUGCUAUACGGGCUGAUGGGGUACGCGGCGCACCGGGCCGUGGUCGCCGCCUCUUCCCGCUCUCCCGCACCAUCUGUCACCCCUGACCUGCUGCGCGCCCUGUACGCGACCCAGCUAGGCCUCAACCUGCUGUGGAUGCCGCUCUUCUUCGGGCUCCGUCGCCCCGCCCUCGCCCUCGCCGAUCUCGCCGCCCUCCUCGGCCUCAACGGCUAUCUCGCCCGCCUCUACUUCGCCGUCGACGACGUCGCCGCCUGGUGCCAGCUCCCCUACCUCGCCUGGCUCGGCUUCGCCGCCUACCUCAACGCCGGCGUCGGCCAUCUAAACGGCUGGGACAUCUCGGACGCCGCGCUGGAGAAGAGGACGCCGUAGAGGGGGGGAAGGGCGAAAAUGGGAGAAGGCUCGGAUGCGACGGGCCGCCUACCCCGGGGUCACCACUACGAGAGAUGGGUGAAAAGGGGCAAAGGUUGAGUCGCUAUAGCCCGGAACGAUGACAUCUAAGUCAUUGGAGGGGGGGGGCCAGUAGAUUCUGCAACUCAUA